AUGGAAUCUGGUGAUAUUGUCAAUUAUUCCUCCAAUACACCUAGUUCUGCCAAAGACCAAAGCGGAAGCAAGAUUACAAAUGAGGAUAUUGCGAAAGUGGUAGAGGAAGUGAGGUGCAAUGAACAUACAAUGGCGAACUUAAUAUUUCCACCGGUAGCUCUGUGUGAAAAUUACGAAAGUAACGAUAUAAUGGAGCCCGAGGAUCCUGACUGUUUACUAGCAAGCAAACGCCUCUUACAAACUGAAAAAAUAUUCACAUCUAAUAGAGAAAUCGAGGCCCAAGAGGAAAAUAGUGAAUUAAAAGAUUUGAACACUAAAAGUAGAGAAUUACAAAAGUCGUCGGAAUCUGACGAUAAUGUCAAUUAUUCCUCCACUAAAUCUAGUACCUCCGAAGACCAAAGCGACAAAAAUAUGUAUGAGGAUUGCUUGAAAGUGGAGUAUACCGAACUUACAACUAGGGACUUUACACUUCCAUUGGUGGCUCUAUAUGAAAAUCAUGAUAGCAACGAUAUAGUGAAGCCUGAGGUACCUGCCAAUUUAUCUACAAGUGAAGGUAUCUUACAACAUGAAAAAGUCUUAAGUCUAAAGUCCACAUCUAACAGUGAAAUCGAAUUCCAAGAGGAAAAAAGUGAAGGUAAUUUGGGCACUAAAAUAAGAGAAACACAACAUUCGACAGAAUCCGACGACAAUUAUUCCUCCACAAGACAUAGUAGUUCCAAAGACCAAAUCGAGAAAAAUAUCAUAACUGAGGAUAGCUUAAAAGUGGAGUAUACUCAACUUAAAGCAGGUCCCUUUUCACUUCCAUUGGUAGUUCAGUAUAAAAAUCACGAUAGUAACAAUGAAGUCGAGCUUAAGGAUCCUGUACAUUUGACUACGAGUGAAGAUCUCUUAGAACCUGAAAAUGUAUUCUUAUCCAACACUGAAAUCGAUUCCCAAGAGAAAAAAAGUGAAACUAAAGAUUUGGGAACUAAAAGUAGAGAAUUAGAAGCGUCGACCAAAUCCGAAGAGAAUGUUAAUGAUUUCUCCACUGAACCUAGUACCUCCGAAGACCAAAGCGACAAAAAUAUAAUUUGUGAAAAUAGCACGAAAGUGAAGUGUACUGAAUUUAAAACAAGGGACAUUACACUUCCAUUGGUGGCACAGUUUGAAAAUCAAGAUAGUAGCAAUAAAGGCGAGCCUAAGGAUCCUGUCCAUUUGACUACGAGUGAGGGUCUCUUAGAAUCUGAAAAAGUAUUCUUAUCUAACACUGAAAUUGAUUCCCAGGAGAAAAAAAGUGAAAUUAAAGAUUUGAGAACUAAAAGUAAAGAAAUACAAACGUUGAUCAAAUCCGACGAGAAUGUUAAUGAUUUCUCCACUAGACAUAGUAAUUCCAAAGAUCAAAGCGAGAAAAAUAUCACAAUCGAGGACAACAUCGAAGAGGCGCAUACGGAACUUAAAACAAAGGACUAUUCACCUCCAUUGGCUCAGUAUGAAAAUCAAGAUAGUAACGAUUUAGUCGAGCCUGAAGAAAAAAAAAUACUUAAAAGUAAAGGGACAGUGCCUGUACUUAAAAGUGAAGAUCUCUUACAACUUGAAAAAGUAUACACAUCUAACAAUGAAAUCGAACCGCAAGUGGACAGAAGCGAAGCUAUAGUUGAAAAUGGAUCUAGUGAUGAUUCGCAGUCGCCUAUGAAAACUGAGUAUACUGAACUUACAACCGCGGACUUUCCGUUAGUGGCUCAGUAUGAAAAUCAAAAUAGUAAUGAAAUAGUCGAGCCUGAGGAUCCUGCCCAUUUACCUACAAGUGAAGGUCUCUUACAACCUGAAAAAAUAUACAUAUCUAAUAGUGAAAUUGAAGCCCAAGAGGAAAACAAUGAAGCUGAAGAUUUGAGCAUUAAAAGUAGAGAAGUUCAAGUGUUAAAUGAAGAACAUAGUGCUAAUAAUUCUAAUUAUUCAUACGAUACAAAUGUAAAUAGUGAACCAGCUGAAUCAGAUACUCAAAAUCAUUUGUCAGAUUCAUCUAAUAAAGAAGAUGAUGCAUCUGUUAAAACUUCAGUAAAAACCGAUCAACUUGCUCAUGCUAUGAAUGCUGCGGGUAUUUCGACCACACCUGAAACUGAUUCGAGUCCUCAUGAAUUCGUAUGUGUACUAUCACAAAAUGAUGUAAAUAUUGGUCAAAGUUCCACAAGUAAUUUUGCUAAAAUAACAUCAUUGAACACUGUAACUCUACAGCAAGCUUUAGCCCAAAUUCUUCCCUCAUCCUUAAAUCAAAACAAUGCUACAGAGAACAAUGAGCAAUCCCAAAAUUCAUUGAGCACUGCUCAAGUUUUGCAUAUCGUUCAAAGCAAAAAUGCUGCGGCCAAUCAAAUAACUUUAGUUGAUAAUGUUCAGCAACAGUCUGUAAUAAACUCAACAAAUUCUACACCGGUUUUGCACAUUGUGCAAAACAAAGGCUUAGUUGGAGCAACGAAUACCAACGGGACAUCCCCACAACAAACAAAUACAUAUGGUGGUCUCUCUUUGGUGGAUACUGGGCUGCAACAAGGAGGUAAUCAACUACUGCAUAUUGUGAAUACCAGCAAUCAAAAAAACAAUAAUGCUAGCCAACUUCUCAAAAGAGUGAACUUACUUACCAACCUCACGAACGUUCAAGGAUCUAACGAACAAAAAAUGGUACAAUUCGUUUGUAAAUCUGCCGAUGGUAAAGCUAUUCAAUUAAACGCAGCUCAUCAGAGAGGUAUGGUUCUAAGAUUACAACCUAUUGAAACCACAAAUUCUCAAGGCACUCCACCUAAGGGUGAUGACCUUAGCCCUACGCCUGCGGCACCUACCAUUGCGCCUGCUAAGGAAACAGUGCCAGCCCAACAAGAAAUUAAAUCUAGGUCUAUGUAUGAAGAAAACUAUGCGAAAUUUAUUCAGAAUUCAUCAAAUAAGCAGUCGAGCCCAGAAAAAUCAACAAGCCUGCCGAAAUUUAAUCAAGCAUUCGGGAAGCCAGUAUUUCAAGAUGGGAAUCAGAAACAGGAUGAAGUCAAUGCCGACAAUACUCAUUUACCGACGGUCAAUUCAGAUAAUCCAGAGUGUGAGACAUCCGAUAGUGCCAUGAAUCUGGACCAGAUUGGACCAAUUAGUAGCCCACCAUUACUGAUUCGAAAACCGGCGCCAACUGCGCAAGCUCAAUCAAAUUUGGUACAACAGAUUAAACAGACCAUAACACCCAUGAAUAUUCAAACAAUGCACGGCGGUGUUAUUUAUACGAGGCAAAUACCUGUAAAUAUCGGUGGAGGUCAAACUAUAAAUUUAAUAACUGUACCUAGUACUGAAUUACUUGAUGAUUCAAAACAAUCCGAUGUCAAGUACGGUAAUGAAACUGAUAUAGAACCCUCAAUAAUCAAAAUAGUUCCACAAAAUCAAUCAACACCUAACACUGAAGUGCCAUCUGAAGAAGGUACUAACAAUACUGGCAUCUCUAAUGAGUCCGGUCAGAACACGCAACCGCAGCCGGUUUUGACGCAAAUGCGCAUCAAACUGCCGAUGCUAAGCAAAGCACCUCAGAUGGUUUCCGGUGCGCGAGUCGUUAGGCCAUCUUUUUUUCAGAUUCAAAGGAACGUCAUUGGUGGCGCAAAUCAACCAGUUUAUCAACAGCUGGUGCUUACGGCCGCACCGCAGCUUGGACAACAAACGAUAAGAUUACCACAAUCUCAAUUAAAUAGACAAGUUAAAUUGGCUACGGAAACACAAUCGUCGUCAGAGUCACAAAUGAGCACGUCGACUCUCGAACAGUUGAGAGAGUUCGACAUGGUGCUAGAACAAGUUAAAGAACGAAGUACUGUGCAACCUAACGCUGAUAAUUCUUACUCAAAACUGCACACUGUGACUGCUGACACGACCGAUGGGACACCUUCUGCGUCGCCAUCAACAGAGCCGACGCAAGUAUUUUAUUCAAUUGGGGCGAACCACCACUUUAAUGUGGCAUAUGUUAACCGAAAAUCCACUAUUGCGACACCUUCAACGUCGACGUUUGUUCGAUCACCAGACUCGACGGGUAUAAGUGAAUCACCUUCGUCUACGCAUAGACAGGUUUCACAAUCAACCACUCCUAACACUCCACCGAACGAAACACAUGUUCAGCAUAGCCAUCCGAAACCCGCCAAAAUUAGUUCCAGAACUAGAUCGAGGGCGAAGGCUUCGUCGAAUCCUCCUAGCACAUUGAAAUUUAACAGCGCACCCCCCAAGACUUCUACGCAGAAACCCAUGGAGGACGAACAAACAACACAGAGAAUUUUAUACAUAUUGGCCGAAUACAGGGAGCAAGUGGAGAAUUCACCGGAUAAAAAUAAACCAGCACCGCGUAGACGAACUAACCUACCUUCAUGCUCCUCGUCGAAGCGUAAGAAAAGCUCUGGCAGCUCGCGGCGACUAGGCGGCAGGGAUAUGAGCCCCAUACACGGGGAAGACACUUGCCGUACAAUGGGCUCAGAGGACAGCAGCUGCGGAACAUCGCAGGGGGAUUGCAACGAGAGCUGUCUUGAGUCGAAUUCACCUCAGGGCAGCCCCCGGAAAAUUGUGAGGAAGCUGUCGUUUGAGAACGAAACUCUCUCGGCGCAGGUCCGCCAACCGCCGCGCAACGUCAUCGUCGCCGACGGCCAGACGAUUACCGUGGCCCGCGGCACCGCCGGCAAGCCGACUACCGCCGUUCUGAUGCCGGCUAACUACAUCCUCCCGGUGUCGAUGGUGAAGGGCGGGCAGCAAAUCGCCAUCGUCACGAACCGCGGCCCCAAGCUGUUGACCGUCGCCGGUGGGGAGGGAGGGACCACCAACGCCCUGUUGCUUCAACGCCUGAUCGGGCCGGCGGGGUUGAAGCCCGUUCUAGCGAGGCCGGGGGUGCGUCACGUGCGUCUACCGGCGGCCGCGCUUCAAAACCUCCAGGCGUUUAACCUGGCGGCCGCCGCGGCAGUCCAGCCCCCGGAUAAUACGGCGUCGCCCGCCUCCGCGUCCACUCCACCGGAGCUGGUGGAAGCCAGGCCGGCGGCCUCGCCGUGGACCGAAAGGGAGGCCCACGACGCCAAGGCGGACCGCGGCUCAAGUCCAGACGGCUCCGAACCCUGGAACCUCACACAAUCGGCGGACCCACACGACUACUCGUACGAGGAGACGGUCCGAACGGAAAACAUGGACCGCACGGUGCUCGUGCAACCUGUCACCAUAGCAGGACUGAACGGCCGGCAAAUAACGUCGACGAUAUUUCACGCCGGCCGAGCGCCGGCAACGGUGCUAAUGGCGACGCCGCAGACCACCGUGAUAUCCCAAGCGCCGCCCGACAACCCCGGCGGGGUGCAGCACAACAUCAGGUACACGCACAUGGACAACUCCACCAGCACGGGCGCGGGCGGCCACGCGUCCGGCCUCGGCCUGCCCUCCGUCCUCGUGAAGGACGACGGCCCGACGCGAUUCGACAGCAUCCUGAGCGACUCGCGGGAGCUGCACCUCUCCAACACGGCGUCUACCAUCGUGCACCCGGCGCACAACGCAGCGCAAGUCAUCCGGCGCGUGUGCUACGACGAGGACAAGCGCGACGCGCGCUACUUGAUGGACGAGCCGGACGCGCCGAUCGCCGGCCGCGACGCCCCGAUGCCCGCCGAGGAGAGCUCGCGCGACGGCCCCUUCGAGGCGGACGGCGAGCGCUCGUCGCCCGAGCGCGGCGGCGCCCUCUUCUGGGAGGGGGCGCGCGGCCCGCCGCAGCGGCGGCCGCUCGACUUCAGCAGCGACAGCGACCGCUGCUGCCGGAGCCCGCCCUACGAGGAGAACAACUCGACGGACUCCGGCGGCGUGGGCGCGCACGUGCGCCUCGACUCGGUGAUCAAGGAGGCGCGCGGCGGCGGCUCUGCGGCGGAGGAGGGGCCGAGGGCAAGACGCGCGCCGGCGAGCGCGCGCCGGACGCGCACGGCCUCGAGCUGCGGCGCCGCGCGUCCGGCCGCGGCGUGG